GGCAUAUCCGCCCUCCCCCUUGUCCCGUUCGCUUGUUCUUGUGCGGAGAGAGAGAGACGGACCAGAGAAAGAGACAGGGAGAGACAGCUUAUAAUAGCCCCGGAGCCUGCACACACGUCACUCGUCACUCGGAUACCGAUGCAAAGCGAGCCCAAAGAGACAGCCUACUACUAUUACUACUACGACUACAACCCUCACCACUAUCACCACAAUGGAUAACUGUCACGCGAUAUACACGGAGAGUCCGUUUGCCAUUUCCCAGGAGGAUGUCGAUGCCCUCAACUCGUCAAAGGCGUUUUGUGCGCUGAGGAGGUGUUUGGCGGGCCAGGCCGAUUUUUGUGCCUCACAUUCGACAUGCUCACCCCAAGCCAAGCAAACAUGGCUGCUCCACCGCGAUAUCCUCCACGCCCUUAUCAUGCCCAUUGUCACCUUGUUCUCACGGGCCUCGACCCUAGCCUCUGCCGCCCUAUGCACCCAGCGGGCCUCCGACCUUGAACUCGCCUUUUCGGGCGAAUCCCGCAGUGCAUUCAUCGGCCUGCAAUGCUUCAUCACCGAGGAGGCUGACUGGUGCCACACUCGCGGCUGCCCAGCCUGUGUUGUGACCGAGACAUUGAGCACCGACAGCCACAUCCGCCUGACCAUUGCCGCCAGCCUUCUCAGCACCGCAAGCGUCGCCACACCCACGCAGGAAGAACCCCCCUCGCAGGACUCUCAAGACCGGACUCUGCCCCCACUCCCCCACAUCCUUCCCGCCCUCCAGCACGCAGUCAUCAACGACCCCUUCUGGGAAGGCUCAGACAUCUGGAGCUACAUCCUCUCGCGCGCCACCCAGCUCUCCGCCGGCAUCCAGGCCCUCAUCGCCGAAUGCAUAAACCUCGAGUCCCUCGUCUCAUCCCCUACCACCACCGACCGCCCAGCCUCCAAGCGCGGCAUGACGCACCCCAGCGUCCCCUUUGUUGCUUCUGGCCAAGCUGCCCCGGAAAAAGGCGUCAAGCUCAGGAAGAGCAAGCUCGCUAAGAGACAGCUUAGGCUCCGUGAUGAGGAGGUCGAGCUCAUGAGGCGCGUCGCCAUGCAGUGCUGGGCAAAGGCAAAGGUGCCAAAGAACUUGAGAGCAGACGCCUUGGCCUUGGGUGAGAGUAAGAGGUCAAGGAGCUUGACUUGUCCGUGAGUUUGAGUGCAAGCUCUGCAAUUUCAAAUCCCCUAAAGUAUAGGGAGGGACGGGCGUUCAAUAGGUGUUUCUUUGAGGGUCCUUGUUUUUGCAUAUGGAUGAUACCACAGCAUUAUUAUCUUCUUCUUUUUUCGUUUGUUUCGUUUCCCCUUUUGUUUUCUUCUAUUCUUUUUUCUUCUGGCUCAGGAAAUUAGGGACUAUCAAGGCAUGUAUGUGUGUUUUCUUGUCUUUGAGGGGGAUUGGAUGCACAGAAUAUUCUUUUAUUUUUGCAUUGUUGGCUUCCAAUUUCUUAUGUGUUGCAAGCAUUAGGGGCGGGUUGGGAUGUGCUCUAGAGUAUACUAGAUUCCGUGUAUGUCUAGAUAUUCUAAUUCGCAAGAAUGAAAAA